CAGUCGCCUACCCGGGUUGCGGCGAGCCGAGCCCGCGAACGUCACGGCCCUGCGCGCUCGCUGCACUCUCCCGAGCUGCGCUAGGCUGGCGCCGCGGGCUGCCGGGCGGGGGAACCGAAACCGAGGCCGGGCCCGUCUCUCCGCGGCCCCGCCCGCCCAGUGCACCGGGGGCCGCGCUCGCCGGGCCGCGGAGCCCAGAGCGAGGGCGCGGGCGCUGAAGGGUCCCGGGUCUUCGGACGCCUCUGCGUCGGCUUUGGUGGCGGCUCUGGUGGCGGCUCCUCCCUCCUUGUAGUUGGAUCCCUGGCGGGUGAGGCCCGGCCCGGCCGGUGAGCGGCGCGCAGAAUGGGCCGAUGCUGCUUCUACACGGCAGGGACGUUGUCCCUGCUCCUGCUGGUGACCAGCGUCACGCUGCUGGUGGCCCGGGUCUUCCAGAAGGCCGUGGACCAGAGUAUCGAGAAGAAUAUUGUGUUAAGGAAUGGUACCGAGGCCUUUGACUCCUGGGAGAAGCCCCCUCUGCCUGUGUAUACUCAGUUCUAUUUCUUCAACGUCACCAAUCCAGAGGAGAUCCUCAGAGGAGAGACCCCUCGGGUGGAAGAAGUGGGGCCGUAUACCUACAGGGAACUCAGAAACAAAGCAAAUAUUCAGUUUGGAGAUAAUGGAACAACAAUAUCUGCUGUUAGCAACAAGGCCUAUGUUUUUGAACGAGACCAAUCUGUUGGAGACCCUAAAGUUGACUUAAUUAGAACGUUAAAUAUUCCUGUAUUGACCGUCAUAGAGUGGUCCCAGGUCCACUUCCUCAGGGAGAUCAUCGAGGCCAUGUUGAAAGCCUAUCAGCAGAAGCUGUUUGUGACUCACACAGUUGACGAAUUGCUCUGGGGCUACAAAGAUGAGAUCUUGUCCCUUAUCCAUGUUUUCAGGCCCGACGUCUCUCCCUAUUUUGGCCUGUUCUAUGAGAAAAAUGGUACUAAUGAUGGAGACUAUGUUUUUCUAACUGGAGAAGACAAUUACCUUAACUUUACAAAAAUUGUGGAAUGGAAUGGGAAAACGUCGCUUGACUGGUGGGUAACAGACAAGUGCAAUAUGAUUAACGGAACAGAUGGAGAUUCUUUUCACCCACUAAUAACCAAAGAUGAGGUCCUUUAUGUCUUCCCAUCUGAUUUUUGCAGGUCAGUGUAUAUUACUUUCAGUGACUAUGAGAGUGUACAGGGACUGCCUGCCUUUCGGUAUAGAGUUCCUGCAGAAAUAUUAGCCAAUACCUCAGACAAUGCCGGCUUCUGUAUACCUGAGGGAAACUGCCUGGGCUCAGGAGUUCUGAAUGUCAGCAUCUGCAAGAAUGGUGCACCCAUCAUUAUGUCUUUCCCACACUUUUACCAAGCAGAUGAGAGGUUUGUUUCUGCCAUAGAAGGCAUGCACCCAAAUAAGGAAGACCAUGAGACAUUUGUGGAUAUCAAUCCUUUGACUGGAAUAAUCCUAAAAGCAGCCAAGAGGUUCCAAAUCAACAUUUAUGUCAAAAAAUCAGAUGACUUUAUUGAAACGGGAGACAUUAGAACCAUGGUUUUCCCGGUGAUGUACCUCAAUGAGAGUGUUCUCAUUGAUAAAGAGACUGCGAGUCGACUGAAGUCUGUGAUCAACACUACUUUGAUUAUCACCAACAUACCCUACAUCAUCAUGGCACUGGGUGUGUUCUUUGGUUUGGUCUUUACCUGGCUUGCGUGCAAAGGACAGGGAUCCAUGGAUGAGGGAACAGCAGAUGAAAGAGCACCCCUCAUUCGAACGUAAACAUCGCCUGUGCUUGGUGAAGGAACCGUGUGAGCUGUCCUGACCUGGACCAUGGCAAGGGGAAACCCUCCACAUCCUUGCAGGCUUGUUGCCUGUUGAAAGGACGGAAAAGACACAGCGCUGGCAAGUGAUAGGAACAUUCUGGCCAGAGGUUAAAGAGCAGGCUGACAUGGCUCAACAUUAAGCUUUAUAAAAUCAUGUGGGCUCUGAAAUUGUUUUUUUAUGUGUCUAGCAAGUAUUUAAUAAGCCCUUGUAUAGUAAUUCUUUUGUUGUUGGUUGCUGUUAGCUCCAGAAUUUUGUGACCACUGUUGUGGAUAAAAUGUCUCUGCAUCACAUGUUAAUGCUACUUGGUCUAACUUUAUUCAGUGUGCUUCUUUCACCAAACUUUGUGCUCAAAAUCCAUAUAUACCAUUUUAUGUUGUAUUCCUCCAUUUCACUUGCAAAACAGAAGUCAAUUAAGAGUUCGGGACCCAGGGUAAAAUGGUAGCCAAUAUAUCAUUCAAAUGCAUCUGAUUUCUAAAACAUUACAUGUUACAUUUUAUGCUAAUCUUCAUUUCAUAAUUCCUCCAGGAAAACUCAGUCUUCCAACUACAAUAAAAUACUGGGUAGAAUCAAAUGGGAAAGGGGUUGGGUGGGGUGAUACCAGUGAGUUGAUAUUGAUAAGCUCCUAAGGAUUUUUAACAUGUACUUUUGUGAAUGAAGAGAAUGCAUAAAUAAUGUUGGUGAGGAUAAGUACAGAUAUUUCAUGUAUAGUAGAACUAAAUGCUAGUUAUGAUGCUUGUGGAUAGUUGUUAUUUUUUUAGUCAAAAUGAUUGUGAUGUGAAAAGAUGCUUCUGAGAGAAUGUAAUGAGUAACUGAUUUUUCUUCCUGAGUUACCCUUGCCAAAUAUGAUACUGUAUUAAUUAA